CUCUCUUCGAAGCCAUUUCAUCUGCUUUCCAGACAUUUUGUGCACAACCCCACCAUCUUUUCCUUCUCUCAGAACCCACCUUCCUCCAUCCAAAACUCAGCUCUGAGACCACCUUUCUGUCUGAGGAGGAGGACAGUAACGCAGAUCCAGCAUCAUGCGUUCUGCUGCAAAGAAUUCUUCGUGGCUUAUGUUUGUUCUUGAAGGAUCGGAGAAAGGAGCCGCUGGCUCUUGGGUGAUUUCCUGGCUUUGCUGGACUAGAUCUACCUCGAUGUAUUGAUUUUUCCGCUGGAGAUGAGAUCUGUCUUGUGGGAAAAAGAGAUCGUUUGUUAUAUAGCUCGGUCAGUGGUGCAAUUAAGAGAGAAGGCCUCUGCUGAUGGUCCUGGAGAUUAAACUCAUCUCGGUUAAUUCUCGACUCUUUUGAAGUACGAAUCUGAGUUGUUUUUUGUUUCUGAAUAUUACUGUAAGCGAUUUAAUCGGUGUAAAGCGCACUGAAACACCCUGGAGUCUAUCCAAGAAGGAAGAAGAAGAAGAAAAAUCUCAUCUUUGGAGUUGGUUUGAGGGACAAAAGGUUAAAGCUUUGAAUUCAAAAGCAAGAGAAGAGAAUCUUUGAGAGCGAGGUGAAGAAGAGCGGAGAAGAGAAGCUGGCAAACAAGUGGUGGGAGAGAGUAGAUGUGUCAGCGAUGGCCGGGAUGGAAUCCGGAAGUGCAAGCGGCGGCGAUGGAAGUUCUUCGCGCUACCUCCACCACCUCCUUCGCCCGCCGCAGCCGUCGACCCAAAUCCCGCCGCAGGAAUCCGAGCCCUCCACGGAGGAAAGCCCCAAGCUUUCCUCCGACCGUGGCGGCAGCGAUCAUCCGUCUGACUCCUCCCCGGCGGGCACUUCCGGGGGCCCUGUCCGCCGCCCCCGCGGCCGUCCCCCGGGCUCCAAGAACAAACCGAAGCCCCCGAUCAUAGUCACGCGCGACAGCCCCAACGCCCUCCGCUCCCACGUGAUCGAGGUCGCCAGCGGGGCGGACGUCUUCGAGUGCGUAUCCGAGUACUCUCGGCGACGGGGGCGGGGGGUCUCCGUCCUCAGCGGCACCGGCGCGGUAACCAACGUGGCCCUCCGCCAGCCCGGGGCGUCGCCGCCGGGGAGCAUGGUGGCCACGCUCAGGGGCCGGUUCGAGAUUCUGUCGCUGACGGGGACCGUCCUCCCGCCGCCGGCGCCUCCUGGCGCCAGCGGGUUGUCGGUGUUCUUGGCCGGAGGCCAGGGGCAGGUGAUGGGAGGCAGCGUGGCGGGGCCGCUGGUGGCGACGGGUCCGGUGAUGCUGAUGGUGGCGUCCUUCGCCAAUGCGGUAUACGAGCGGCUGCCACUGGAAGGCGAGGAGGAGGAAGCAGCUGCCGCGCAGAGCCAGCAGCCGGCAGUGUCGCAGUCUUCGGGCGUUUCCGGAGGCGGCGGAGGCGGCGGAGACGGCGGUAGUGCUAGCGGCGCCGGCGGUGUUCCCUUCUAUAACUUGAGUGGUAACAUGGGGAGUUACCAGUUCCCAAGCGAUGCUUUUGGAUGGGGUGGUGGUGGGAUUAGGCCACCUUUCUAAUCCUUCAUAGCUGAGACUUCAUUGUUCUGCCGAUUCAUAUCCAUCGGUGUCAGAGAAAGAAGAUUGACUCUUCUUGUUGAUCUAUGUUUGGCUGGAGAAAUGGAAAUGCUAAAUAGAUGAAGUCAUUGCAUCUCUUCUGCUGUCUCAAAAAUAGAUGAGAUAUUGAGACACAGAAAUAUCAAACUAUCAGAUGCAUGAUGGCAAUGGAGAAGAAGAAGAUAAUAUCACAGAGAAGUUGAAGACAAUGAGAAGGCACAGAGGUUUCCAAGGUGAGUGGAUUUGAAAUCCAUGCCUGCAUGCUAUUUCCAGUCUCGUGACUCGUUAUCUUGUCUCUCUUGUUUUCACAUCUUGUCUCUUCCUUCGUCCAAUGUUAUGAGAUAUGCAGCAACUGUAUUCUGAUAUUGAGUUGCAGAGAUUUCCUGUCUUCCAUAACACAAUGACUCCAAUGUGUACCAUAAGUGCAUCAGCAUUGCAUUCUCAAGUACCGAUUCA